AUGGCACAGGAAGGAGUGAAUCACUCGGACAGAGAAAGAUUCUGCUGUUUGAUCUUUCUGGAUCUACUGGAGGAUCCGGUGGCUACUGUCUGCGGACACAGCUGCUGUAAGAGCUGUAUUAACACCCACUGGGACAAAGAGGAGGAGAGAGGAAGCUACAGCUGUCCUCAGUGUAGACAGACCUUCACACCGAGGCCUAUCCUGGAGAAAAACACCAUGUUAGCUGUUUCACUGGAGGAGCUGAAGAAGACUGGACUCCAAACUGCUCCUGCUGAUCACUGCUAUGCUGGACCUGAAGAUGUGGCCUGUGAUGUCUGCACUGGGAGAAAACGGAAAUCUCUCAAGUCCUGUUUGAAUUGUUUGGCCUCUUAUUGUGAAAAACACCUCCAGCAUCAUCUUCAGUCCCCUCCAUUGAAGAAGCACAAUCUGGUGGAGCCCUCGGAGAAGCUCCAGGAGAACAUCUGCUCUUGUCACGACGAGGUGAAGAAGAUGUUCUGCCGCACUGAUCAGCAGUGUAUCUGUUAUCUCUGCUCUGUGGAGGAACAUAAAGACCACGACACAGUGUCAGCUGCAGCAGAAAGGACUGAGAGGCAGAGAGAGCUCGGGCUGAGGAGACAAACAAUCCAGCAGAGAGUCCAGGACGCAGAGAAAGACAUGAAGCUGCUUCAACAGAAGGAGGCCUUCAAUGGCUCUGCUGAUAAAGCAGUGGAGGACAGUGAGGAGAUCUUCACUGAGAUGAUCCGUCUGCUGGAGAAAAGAAGCUCUGAUGUGGAGCAGCAGAUCAGAUCCCAGCAGGAAACUGAAGUGAGUCGAGUCAGAGAACUUCAUGAGAGACUGGAGCAGGAGAUCACUGAGCUGAAGAGGAAAGUCCAUGAACUGAAGCAGCUCUCAGACACAGAGGAUCACAACCAGUUUCUACACAACUACCCCUCACUGUCACCACUCAGUGAAUCUACACACUCAUCCAGCAUCAGGAUCUGUCCUCUGAGGAACUUUGAGGAAGUGACAGCAGCUGUCUCACAGGUCAGAGGUCGACUACAGGACAUUCUGAGUGAGACAGAGACAGAGAUUUCACAGAUUGUGUCUCAAGUGGAUGUUUUACUGCGGGAACCAGAGCCAGAGACCAGAGCUGACUUCUUAAAAUAUUCACAGAAAAACACACUGGAUCCAAACACAGCAAACAGACUUCUGUUAUUAUCAGAGGGAAAAAGAAAAGUAAAACGUAUGAGUAAACAACAGUAUUAUUCUGAUCACCCAGACAGAUUCACUGUUUGGAGUCAGGUCCUGAGUAGAGAGAGUCUGACUGGACGUUGUUACUGGGAGGUGGAGGUGGGGGUGAAAGGAGCAGUUUAUGUAGCAGUCACAUACAAGAAUAUCCGCAGAGCAGGAAACUCAGAUGAAUGUAGAUUUGGAUUCAAUGAUAAAUCUUGGUCAUUAUGUUGUUAUGGAAACUUGUAUAGCUUUAAUUACAACAGCAUCAGUAUUCCAGUGCCAGGUCUUUGGUCCUCCAGAGUAGGAGUGUACCUGGAUCACAGAGCAGGUGUUCUGUCCUUCUACAGCGUCUCUGACACCAUGACUCUCCUCCGCAGAGUCCAGACCACAUUCACUCAGCCUCUCUAUGCUGGAGUUAGGCUUCAUUGUUCUGGAUCCAGAGCUGAGUUCUGUAAACUCAAAUAGACUUGAGUCAUUAAAAGCAGUGAUUUAGAUUCUAUGUGUAAAUCUUUAACUUCUUUUGUCUCCAUGUUUGUUGAUCAAAGUUCGUCAUGGUGACGUUUCUGCUCCGCACAGAGAUCAGCUGUCAAUCAAACACUGACCUUCCUUUAUCACACAUAUUUAGUUCUCACUUUGUAA